CGCAUCGUGCAAGGGCUGACAUCUCUCGGACCUCUCACACCUGCUGAUCCCCUAGUGAUUCUGCUCAUCCGCGUAUUUUAAAAUGAUAUUAGAACCACCUGUCGUAUGUGAUAAUCAUUACGCGUCGCGUCUCUCCCCUUUUCUCAAUUACACAUUCCACGUUUGCGUUAUGCGCGACUCCAAAGCAUGACCCCACCCGCACUUGGUAUACCGCUUUGUAGAUAUGGUCUCACUUAUUGCAGUUCAACAUUGCAAACCAGAUCCAGGAUCCGGAGGGGACCACAAGAACAAGCCAUCCCGUCCGAUUCCUGCUGGUCGCAUUUUUAUGGAUGGCGCAGCUGAUAUGCCCUGGGUCACGGUGAUGAUCCCAGGAAUCAACUUCCCCGCCCGCGACUCGCACCAUGGUAUUGGCGCAUGAGCAACACACGCAGAAUUGUCAUGGCACAAUCCACCCCUCGAGUUUGGUUGAUUACCGGUUGUUCCUCUGGGUUCGGCAGGGCGAUGGUGGAAGAGGUCCUGCAUAACGGCGAGAUUGCGGUCGCAAUUCUGCGCAAGCCUUCCGUCCUUGAUGACCUCGUCGCCAAAUACCCGCACACCCAGCUCCUAGUACUUCCAAUGGACGUGACGAACGAGGCGCAGGUCAAAUCUGCCUUCGUGAAGGCCAAGGACGCCUUUGGGCACAUCGAUGUCGUGUAUAACAAUGCGGGGCAGGCGUUCUAUCAAGAGCUGGAGGGGACACCGAUGGUGGACCGUGCCAAGGUGCUAAUGGAUGUCAAUUUCUGGGGCGCGGUAACGGUAAGCUUCGAGGCGAUGAGAUUCUUUAGAGAAGUGAACCCGAAAGGCGCUGGGGGCAUACUCGUGCAAGUAUCGAGCGCGGCAGCAACCACAGGGGCCCCAAUGAUCGGAUUCUAUAGCUCUACGAAAGCAGCCUUGGAUUCGUUCACCGAAGUCCUGGCACAGGAAGCUUCCCGCUUGGAAUAUUCGGGUUGGACGCGCACGCCCAUUAUAUCAAGUGAAAUGCUCGAGCCUUCAGCACUGUAUGCAUCGGAACUGACAGCCGUGACGACGAAGUUUCGUGCUGGGUUUGAUGCAUUGAUAAAUACUGAUCUGCUGAAUUCUGUCGAGGUUGUGACAAAGCGCAUUUGGUCGAUGACAAGGAUGGACGAUGAGGACCUGCACAAGGGUAUGCAGGAGGGUCUAGUGCUUCAUAAGAUGAAGACUUUGAAAAUAGUUUCCGGAGCGUGA